AUGUUAUGGUUGCAGCUGAUUAAUGUGGGGCCGUGUUUGACACAGUACUCCGGAAGGCAUUCCCGAUCGCAACUGUCCAUCGGCGAUGUCACCGACCGGCACUCCUAUUCCGACUCUUCCUGUGCCCAGCACUCCUCUGCCGACUCUCCCUCUAACGACCACUCCUCUGCCAACUUCUUCUCCGCCAACUACUUCUCUGCCGACUACUCCUCUACCGACCACUCCUUUACCGACCACUCCUCUCCCCACUACCCCUUUACCGACCACUCCUCUGCCAACUCUCCCUCUUCCAACCGUUCCCCUGCCGACUCUCCCUCUGCCGACCACUCUCGUGCCGACUCCCUUGCCAGGUAA